UACAGGAGGAAAGAAACAAGAUGGAUGCUAGAAACUGACAGUUUGCGUUUUCCAUUAUCACUGUGAUCUCCGUAAGAGGUCUUCCGCUUACGGCAAUUUAUCUGUGACUCCCUUUGAAAUACAAAAUGGAUACAGUGGCUGCUAGCAGUAACACGACGACAAGAGGCGUGCGGAUGAACGUUAUGGAUGGGGUAGGAGCCCGAGUUGUUAGAGGCCCCGACUGGAAGUGGGGAAAACAAGACGGCGGGGAGGGGCAUGUUGGUACUGUGAGAAACUUUGAAUCGCCAGAAGAAGUUGUUGUUGUUUGGGACAAUGGCACGGCAGCAAAUUAUAGAUGCGCUGGUGCCUAUGAUCUGCGAAUGAUGGACACUGCGCCGACUGGUAUUAAACAUGAAGGGACUAUGUGUGACACAUGCCGACAACAGCCAAUCUUUGGCAUCCGUUGGAAAUGUGCUGAAUGUCCAAACUAUGACUUGUGUUCUGUAUGCUACCAUGGUGACAAGCAUAAUCUACGCCACAGAUUUUAUCGUAUUACUGUUCCAGGAGGGGAAAGGGUUUUGAUGGAACCUCGCAGAAAAAGCAAGAAGAUAACUUCACGUGGCAUUUUCCCAGGAGCAAGAGUUGUUAGAGGUGUGGACUGGCAGUGGGAAGAUCAAGAUGGAGGAAAUGGUCGUCGAGGCAAAGUCACAGAAAUUCAGGACUGGAGUGCUGCUAGUCCCAGAAGUGCUGCUCAUGUGCUUUGGGACAAUGGUGCCAAGAACUUGUACAGAGUAGGCUUUGAGGGAAUGGCUGAUCUUAAGGUAGUAAAUGAUGCCAAAGGAGGUUCCUUCUACAGAGACCACUUGCCUCUUUUAGGAGAACAGGGUCCAGGUGGCAGGUCUGGUCCGUGUGGGCUAGCUAUUGGUGAUCAGGUCAAUGUGGAUCUUGACCUGGAGAUUGUGCAGAGUCUGCAGCAUGGGCAUGGUGGCUGGACGGACGGCAUGUUUGAGUGCCUUGGAACAACAGGUACUGUUGUUGGGAUAGAUGAAGACCAUGACAUUGUUGUUUCCUAUCCUAGUGGAAAUAGGUGGACUUUUAACCCAGCAGUCCUGACCAAAGUGAAUACAGGAAGUACCUCCACUUCAGCUCCGAAUGAUACUAAUACUGCUACCCAGUUUGCUGUUGGUGACCUGGUUCAGAUCUGUAGUGACACAGAACGUAUCAAAGCAUUGCAGCGUGGACACGGAGAGUGGGCAGAGGCAAUGAUGCCAACACUGGGCAAGAUUGGUCGUGUUCAGCAAAUUUACCAUGACAAUGACUUGAAAGUGGAAGUGUGUGGUACAUCAUGGACUUACAACCCUUCAGCUGUUACUAAAGUUGCCUCCGCAGAUGGUGCUGCCAUUGGAUGUUCUUCAGGCGAGCGUCUGAGUGCAUUGCUGAAAAAACUGUUUGAGACACAUGUGUCAGGUGAUGUAAAUGAGGAGCUGGUUAAGGCUGCAGCCAAUGGUGACAGUGGCAAAGUGGACGAAAUCCUGCAGCGUCCUGAGUCAGAUGUUAAUGGAGUGUUUGCUGGCCACACAGCUUUGCAAGCAGCAUCUCAGAAUGGCCACAUUGAAGUCAUCAAAGUGCUUAUCAAACACAGUGUUAACAUGGAGGUAGAGGACAAAGAUGGGGAUCGUGCUGUUCACCAUGCAGCAUUUGGUGAUGAACCUGCAGUGAUAGAAAUGCUGCAUCGAGGUGGUGCUGAUCUGAAUGCACGCAACAAGCGUCGCCAAACACCACUGCACAUUGGGGUCAACAAAGGCCACAUUGGUGUUGUCAGGACUUUGUUAGAUCUGGGCAGUCAUCCUAGUCUUCAGGACUCGGAAGGGGACACUGCUUUGCAUGAUGCCAUCAGCAAAAAGCGUGAUGACAUGAUUUCUCUCUUAUUAGAACACAGUGCAGAUAUCACCAUCACCAACAACAAUGGCUUUAAUGCUUUGCAUCAUGCAGCUCUCCGGGGAAACCCAAGCGCCAUGCGUAUUUUGCUGUGCAAACUGCCCCGGCCGUGGAUUGUGGAUGAGAAGAAAGACGAUGGCUACACGGCACUACACCUGGCGUCCCUUAACAAUCACGUGGAGGUGGCGGAGCUACUGGUGCACCAGGGCAAGGCCAACAUGGACAUUCAGAAUGUCAACCUACAAACUCCUCUACAUUUGGCAGUGGAGAGGCAACAUACACAAAUUGUGCGGCUGCUGGUGCGUGAGGGAUGUAACUUGAAUUUGGCUGACAAAGAUGGAGACACAGCCCUGCAUGAGGCACUGCGGCAUCACACACUCUCUCAGCUUCGGCAGCUGCAGGACAUGCAGGACGUUGGCAAGCUUCUCAUGGGUCUGGGUACUCCUGGUGCGGACAAGAAAUCAAGUGCUUCUAUUGCCUGCUUCCUGGCUGCUAAUGGAGCUGUGAAUAUAAAGAACAAGAAAGGACAGACACCCUUGGAUCUUUGCCCGGACCCCAACCUGUGUAAGGCCCUUGCUAAGUGUCACAAGGAGAGGAACAGCCCCGGGAUAACUGCUCCCAAUGCAGCCAUCAUCCGUAAUGACCAGGAGUCUUUGGAGGAGUGUAUGGUUUGUUCUGACAUGAAGCGUGAUACACUGUUUGGACCGUGCUGCCAUAUUUGUACUUGCUCCCUGUGCUCACCUCGGGUCAAGAAAUGCCUCAUCUGCAAAGAACCUGUUCAAUCACGGACAAAGAUUGAAGAAUGUGUCGUCUGCUCAGAUAAACAGGCUUCUGUCCUGUUCAAGCCAUGUGGGCACAUGUGUGCCUGUGAUGGCUGUGCAAAUCUAAUGAAGAAAUGUGUACAAUGCCGAGCUUCUAUUGAGAAGACUUUGCCUUUCAUUGUAUGCUGUGGAGGCAAUCCUCCACCGGAACCUCAAAAGCCAGGCUUUAUGAACAAUGGGUCAAGGGAUGUAUCACGAGACAUACAGAAACUACAACAGCAACUGCAAGACAUCAAGGAUCAGACCUGCUGCCCAGUCUGCAUGGACCGCCUGAAGAACAUGAUUUUCCUUUGUGGUCAUGGAGCCUGCCAGCUUUGUGGUGACAGGCUUAAUGAGUGCCCCAUCUGCCGCAAGUCUGUGGAGAAACGCAUCCUGUUGUACUGAGGGGGCAUGAUAGUUCCCAUCAGUGAUCUAUAUCUGCACAAAAGUCAUCUUUUUUAAUCUGCAUUUUGAGGGAUACUAACUACAAAGAUCUGGUUUUGUUUGUACACUGAACAUGUUCACUGUUGCUGUUGCGUGAGGUGUGAAUGCAUAUAAGGAGUUGGGUGGUGGUGGUGGGAUAAUCUAAAAACUAAUAAGAGAAAAAGGGAGAGAAAGGGUAAAAAAAACAGCCACAGAUUGCAAAUGUUUAAAAAAAAAUUUUUUUUUUAAGCAGAACAACCACUAAAACGUGAUAACUCUUGUGUAGAAAAGUGAAGAGACUUUAGGCAGCAAAUCUGCUUGUUUUAAAAUCUGAACCUGUUGUCUUUAGGCCUUUGCCAGCAUUGAUACCCAUCCAUGAAAACCUAUCAUAAUUUAUUUUUAGUGAACCUGGCGGAAGGCUGUUGACCGUGGGGGGAGGGGGGACCAGAAUGUUGCUUUUGCACUGCAUUAGCUAAAGUCUGUCCACUUGUUGAUAAGUAUCAGCUGUAAGUUUAACAGACGUUUAUUUACUUAUUAAUUUAUUUACUCCUUCAGCCUUUGAGGCCAUUUUAGUUUUUAAAAUUGGCAUAGCUUGACGGACUGGUUUUGUAAGUGAAACCUUUGAAUUGUUUUAUUUUCUCUGUGAGCAUAUUUUAAGUAUUGCAGGUAUUCUGUUUCAGAUUUUUGUCUGUCUUCUCCUUUAUAUCAGAGAAGAAGUCAAAUAAUCAAAGCCUUGUUCACUUUCUUUAAUUUUUUUUUUCUUAGCGUAGUGAAUGAUACCUGUCGCUUUUCUUUACAAGGGAUAACCAAGAAACAUCUUAUUCCAAAGAAAGCUGUAAUUAUUCUUUGUACAUACACAUUGUCUUGAAUAUGUAAUAGCAUCUGGCUACGCUGGAAUUUUUGUUUUGUUGGUUUUUUUUUGUGGUUGUUUUUUGUUUAAAACAACAUACUUGUCAGUAGUGUGACACUAGACAGUGCUUAAUGUCAUGGUAUUUAAUGAAUAACUCCCAUGCUUUUUGUGGAUUUAGCCUAUCAAAGACUGAGAUGAGGUAGGAUCAGGCACUCUUCUGCUGUAGCUUCAAGUGGCAUUGCGCAAGAUUGCAAGGUGCUUAAUUUCCGUCACUGAAGUUGUGUCAUUUUUAUAUGUGCCCCAGGUAGAACUACUCACUGGAUACCAUGUAUUCUGUUAAUUGUCUUAUAAAUCUUGUCUCUAAUUCAAAAAAUAUUCUGCUGAUAAAUUUGGGGAAUUGUUAGCAGAAUCAAUCUGCUUAUAUCACUAUCAUAAUUUUUAUGCGGUAUUUUUUAUAAAUCGGAGGGCAUACUUUAUAACUUUCUUUUGGUGCACUGAUUGAAUCACACCAAUAACUGCAGUGUCAAGGAAAAAACCCUGUUCUUUCACAAUCCCAAGAUCUCCUGAACACACCCCAUAUAUCUACAGAACUACAUUACUGCAUAAAUCCACACCUGUACUAGACCCAUUUACAUUCAGCAACUAUACUUUUUUUUUUUUUUUAAAUAGGGAAAAAAAACUUGAAAACUGCGUGACGAGGGCUUCAGCAAUGAGGACAUGUAGACAUAAUACACAGGUAACAUUAUCCCAGGGUUACGGAUUCCUGUGAUUGGAAACAACCACAGACUCAGUCGGUUGGCUGAUAAUCUGAACAUUUUUUCCUUUGUCUUGGUGGUGGCUGCUUGAGAUUUUCAAAUAUUUCAUCCUGUUUGGAUGAGUGUGUGCCUUAGAGAUGUCUUGUGUCAGUGGGUCAAGACACUUUUUGCUCUUCUUUUUAGAAAAUAAAAGAAAAGAUUGUCAGCAUGCCAGCUUCCAGCAUUCUCACCUCUGCUAUAUCCUACAAUGCUUUUCUUAUCGUUCAUGUGCCUUUGGUUUAUGGUGAGAAUAUGCAUCUUUGCAAAUCCACCCAUGACAGAAGUUUUUUUUAAAAGAGCACGCUGAUUUUCUUCUUUCACAUCUGCUCCUUAAAAUCCAUCAUAAAAUAAAUGUUUUGUCACUGUGCUGCUUGUGCAUGAAGAAACAUUCUCUAAAGUAGUUUCUCACUUAAAAGUGAACAAUUUUCAGAGCAUUUCAUCUUGUAUUAUUCCUUAAGGGUUUCUAGGAACAAAGACUUUAACAUGUCAGUGUUUGGACAAAGAAAGCUACACCUAAGCUGGUAUCAUGCAUAAAAUUUCAUCUGGUUCCCUUUAUACAUUUUUUUUUUCCUUGUGUUGCCAAAAAAUGUUUUUAAAUAUUUAAACAAGAUUGUGUUCCACCAUGCUUCCUUAUUUCAUGCAUUGUCUGGUGUCACAAAUUUGGUGUAGCUGUUUGAUGUCAAGAUGUAUGUUGUUUUGGAUCAUUUGUAUGCAAAGACCCAUUUUCAUCAACAGACAAAGCAGUUUAAACAUCUCUGUGUCAUUUGCCUCCAAAAUAAAAGUGUUUGUGAUGUUUUUCAUUUGUGCAUGUUCGUAUUCACACUUGCAGUAUUAAUAUGUAAAUAAAUGAAUAACUGCUUCCCAUGUAUGGAACAUUUUUGGCAAGAGAACAGGUUCAGCUGUAUAGUAUAUGUACCCACAUAUGCAGAUUUGCUCUUGACCAAAUUCUAGACAUCGCUCCUAUUUCAUGAAAACUUUUGGAGGAAUAAUGAGUUUAGAGGUAAAAAUUUGAUAGUUGUUGGGCAGAACAUUGUUGCACCUGCUCAAAUGAAAGUGGAUUUGCCUGUUAACCUUAAUGUGUUGGAUCACCUGACCAGUCACAAAAGAAAUCAACAUACAUUCUCAUACAGGUGUGAUUUGAAUUUCUAUUUAUGAUGCACACAUGGUAUAAUCAGAUUUAUAUAAAUUUUAUAUGCUAACAUCUGUUUCAUAACAGUUAAGAUAUAUGUUAAAUAAUUCCAUUUCAACACAGCUGAAUUCCCUCAAAUUGAUUGAAUUCACUUGUAGUGUUUUGUUAUUAAGCAAAAUAGUAGGCAAACAUUUACUCAUUCUUUAGGCUUUUAUCUAAUACAUGCCUGACAGUACAAAAACAUAAGUUCUUGAAUAUUCAGUUGAUUUUGGGCCAGUGCUGUUAGAGACCAGUCAUGCGAGGUUCACAACACAUGAUGCUCACAAGUGGGAGUGCACAUCCACACCCACUCAUAUACACUCACAUGGACACUCACUGUAGAGAUUGUCUAUCAUCCCAAAGACUGUCCUUCAUUUUAUGGGCUGACAGGGUGUUUGCAGUACUUAACAGAUCAUGUAACAUGCCUGUUUUCCCAUGAUCAAGUAUCUUGUCUGUUGACAUUCAGCUAAAUGUGUGGAUGAAAUGUUUCCAGUGACAAGAGAAUUGAAGUUUUGUCAGAAAUGAUACAUGUUUUACUAGAUGAGGCAAAGUAGUCCUACCUGAAGUGUAACAUUCUCAGCUGACAGGUAGACACUGUACUUUAGUGGCAACAUUGAUUUGAAAGAUACCUUGUACAAGUGUGUCUAAUCUUUGAAAUCAUACCUGUAAAAAUAUGGUUAGAUAAUGUGUAUAUUCUGCACUGCAAAUGCUGGAUUGUUUGUGAUAUUUCUUCUCACAAAGUUUUUUUUAUUUUUACCUUGCACUAAAUAGAUUCCCCUUGCACUUUCCCAACUUUAGUAGAUUACUAUCCAAGUGUGGAGUAUUUUGAACUGACAAAAAUAAAGGCUGAAAACAGCAGCUGAGAAAAGUGGAAGGGAAUGAUUUUCAAUUUGCAGUAUAGCAGCAGGAACUUUAUACUGCUGGAUUAAUUUCAUCCAGUGCCAGUGUACAUGUAUCAUUUCUUAUGGUUGCAAGAGAUUGGUUUAUUUAUGAAAAGCGUGUUGAAAUGUGGAGAAAAUUUAUAUUCUUCUUGCUGCUAAGGAUUGAUUUUUGUAAUGGUAAGCAUUGCAUUGAAACAUGAAGAAGAAUGUGAAAAUAAUUAAUUUUUAUAGGCAAAUUUGUAUUGUGGCAAGAUAUGAACCUAUGCACCGAUGUGUAGUAGUCACAUACCUUUGUAGUUAGUGCAUUGGUUGAUUUGUGGUCUUGGGAGAUACCUUAUAUUUAUAUCCUUGAAUGUUCUUCAGUCUAGUCUUUGACCUGCAUUGUAUUGUAAGCUCUGGCAUGCUUCUUGUACAUCACAAUUCCUAAACACUGUAUUUUGUAGUAGUUGAAAACCUUUCAGAUAACAGUUGACGUACAUAAAGACUGACAAUGGAGAUAAAUUUCUCAUUUUUGUUAGCUUUAGCAAUCCAUUGAUAGUGAAGGUUGAUACAGUGCUGAUCUGCCAGUAUGUGGCCAAGUAAAUAAGUUUUAAAAAGAA